GUGGGUGAGGAAUAACACAAUGAGAAAAGGGAAUGAAGACAGACAACAUCAUUCUCCCCAAAGAAAGCUAAGUCUUAGAAUCAUCACUCCAGUUCCCCUUUUUGGCCCUUUCUUCUUCCUUUUUUUAUAUUUCUUUCUUCUUUGACCCUUCACUUAAUUACUUACCUACAUGCUUUUGACACCCUCAUUACUCUCAUAAGUAAAAAGAUUAACCACACUUAAUUAAUACCCCUGAUCAACUUAAUCCAGCUAAUAUCUUUGGAAAUGAUUCACUAUAGCUUAGUUAUAAAAAAUAAUAAUGAUAUACUACAAAAACACUGGUUUUAUUUUCUUUGUUGUUUAUAAAGGUAUUGAUGAAGAAAAAGGAAAGGGAGAGCAGCAAACUUUUGGAGCAAGUCAUAGGUUAAAAGCUCCAUGGCUUUUUCUUCCAUCACUUUCAUUCCUCUCUUCUCAUUCUAAGCGGUUUCACAGAGAAUUUAAGAGAUCUUGAUAAGAACUUUUGAUUAUUUUUCCCUCUUAUAUUUUCUAAAAAUCAAUUCUGAAACUCCACUGUCAUAGUUACAGAAACUCUAUAUAUCUCGAAGAUGAGAAAUUACUACUCCAGAAGAAAAUCUAGGGAACACAUCACUACUGUUGCUCUUAUCAUCCUUCUUCUUUUGUUUCUGUUUCUUUACGCUAAAGCUUCAUCGUCCUCCUCUACUGCUGGUAUUCAUCAUCACUCUACUCAUGGAAGCUUGAAGAAACCUAGAGUUUUGGAUCCAAAGCCUCAUGGUCUUAAUGUCAAUGCUGCGUCAAGAGGAUCAAGAGUAUAUACAAAUGAAGGUGGUGAGAAUGUUUUUGAAGAUGGAAAGAGAAGGGUCUUCACAGGUCCUAAUCCUUUGCACAAUCGUUAAAUAUAUUUUUUUUGCUUUUACAAGUUUUGUGAAUUUUGUCUGAAUAAAAAUAUAUAUAUAUGGGCAAACAAAACCCAAAACCAUAUUACAUUUACUUUGUAUUACACUGCUAUACAUAUUAUAUCGUACGUGAUUUGCCGUGAUUUGUAACUCUUUCUAUGUGGAGGAAUGAGAUUUCAAGAGUGCUGUUGAAA